UGUAUCCGAUGCGCGUCGUUUUCCGCCAUCUUUGGACAGUGAAAUCGUUGUUGAGACUUCGUGAGGAGUGUCGAGUUGACUUGUAGAGUGUAACGAUAGUGCGUGAACGUGGUAUCAAACAACAACGACGACGACGACGACGACGUGGAGAAGGCUGUCGCUCGCCAGUCGCGAGAAUAGCGAGCCGUCCGGGAUCGGUGUCGCGUGCUUGAACGGGAUUCGCGGAUAAUCGGGGGACGCGGAGUCGAGCGUCGAGCACGCAGCACGGUACGGAGUUAAGCUCUUGCCGGAAUCAUGAGUUACCCAAUGUCGACGAAUCAAUCUAGACCGAUGUCUCAAGGAAAUUAUCAGGGCCCAGGCGACUUGCCUAUGGGCUCUGCCAAGGAACAGACACUCAUGUGGCAGCAGAAUUCCUACAUGAAUGACUCAGGUAUCCAUUCCGGCGCUGUCACUCAGGCACCAUCUCUGUCUGGCAAGGAAGAUGAAGAGAUGGAAGGGGAUCAGCUGAUGUUCGAUCUGGAUCAAGGAUUUGCACAGGGUUUUACACAAGAUCAAGUUGAUGAAAUGAAUCAGCAACUGAGUCACACUCGAUCACAGCGUGUGCGUGCUGCUAUGUUUCCCGAAACAUUGGAGGAAGGUGUAGAGAUACCUUCCACGCAAUUUGACCCCGCACAGCCCACCGCUGUGCAGAGAUUGGCCGAACCGAGUCAAAUGCUGAAACAUGCUGUUGUCAAUUUGAUAAAUUAUCAGGACGAUGCUGAUCUUGCUACGCGCGCUAUUCCAGAAUUGAUCAAAUUAUUGAACGAUGAGGAUCAGGUGGUUGUUUCUCAAGCGGCCAUGAUGGUACACCAACUGUCUAAGAAAGAAGCCUCCCGUCAUGCUAUUAUGAAUAGCAUGCAGAUGGUAGCCGCCUUAGUGCGAGCUAUCUCUAACAGCGAAGAUUUAGAAUCGACGAAGGCUGCAGUCGGCACCUUGCACAAUUUAUCGCAUCAUCGACAAGGGUUGCUAGCUAUUUUCAAGAGUGGCGGAAUCCCUGCGCUUGUAAAACUACUGAGUUCCCCAGUAGAGUCCGUUCUCUUUUACGCAAUAACGACGCUGCACAACUUAUUGCUUCACCAAGACGGCUCUAAGAUGGCCGUGCGCCUUGCCGGUGGUUUGCAAAAAAUGGUCGCUUUACUUCAACGAAAUAACGUUAAAUUUCUAGCCAUUGUUACCGAUUGUCUGCAGAUUCUGGCAUAUGGAAAUCAGGAGAGCAAGCUGAUUAUUCUUGCUUCGCAAGGCCCGAUAGAGCUUGUGCGCAUCAUGCGCUCUUACGAGUAUGAGAAAUUGUUGUGGACCACUUCGAGAGUAUUGAAAGUAUUAUCUGUUUGUCCUAGUAAUAAACCCGCGAUUGUGGAGGCUGGUGGUAUGCAGGCACUCGCCAUGCAUCUUGCAAAUCCGAGUCAAAGAUUAGUGCAGAAUUGCUUGUGGACUCUGCGCAAUCUGUCAGACGCUGGCACAAAAGUUGACGGACUCGACAAUUUACUACAGAGUCUUGUACUUGUGCUGGGUUCAGCAGAUGUCAAUGUGGUCACUUGCGCUGCUGGCAUACUGUCAAAUCUUACUUGUAAUAAUCAGCGCAAUAAAGUUGCAGUAUGUAAUUUUGGCGGUGUCGACGCUUUGGUUCGUACGAUCAUCAAUGCCGGUGAUCGGGAGGAAAUAACCGAACCAGCAGUGUGCGCCUUACGUCACUUGACCUCGCGUCACGGCGAAGCGGAAAUGGCGCAAAAUUCCGUUCGGAUAAAUUAUGGUAUUCAAGUUAUAGUCAAAUUACUUCACCCGCCGUCGCGCUGGCCAUUGGUAAAAGCAGUUAUUGGGUUAAUCCGCAACUUGGCUCUUUGUCCUUCUAAUCACAUCCCGUUACGCGACCACGGCGCAAUACAUCAUCUUGUAAGACUUUUGAUGCGUGCAUUCCAGGAUACUCAACGACAACGAUCAUCUGUUGCUAGUACCGGAAGUCAACAAACAUCGGGUGCAUAUGCAGAUGGAGUACGAAUGGAAGAAAUAGUAGAAGGUUCAGUAGGUGCUCUUCAUAUUCUUGCAAGAGAGUCCAAUAAUAGGAUGAUAAUUCGAUCGCAGAACGUAAUUCCAAUUUUCGUACAACUAUUAUUCAACGAGAUUGAAAAUAUUCAACGUGUGGCAGCCGGUGUACUUUGUGAACUGGCAGCUGACAAAGAAGGAGCGGAAAUAAUAGAACAGGAGGGUGCAACCGCCCCACUGACAGAGCUGCUACACUCAAGGAAUGAGGGUGUGGCUACUUACGCAGCGGCAGUGCUAUUCCGCAUGAGCGAAGAUAAGCCGCAAGAAUACAAAAAACGACUUUCCAUGGAGUUGACGAAUUCUUUAUUCCGUGAGGAUACAAAUCUGUGGAACAAUGCCGACUUCAGCAUGGCUCCGGAUCUUCAGCUACCUAAUCUUCAGGACAUGCUUGGCCCUGAACAAGGCUAUGAUGGUAUGUAUGGCCAAGGACCUCCUAGCGUACACAGCAGCCAUGGCGGUCGGGGUUAUCAACCGCAAGGUUAUGACCAGAUACCAGUAGAUUCCAUGCAAGGGUUAGAGAUAGGUGGUGGAUCGACAUAUGGCGCAAUGGACACUAUGGACGUGGCGCAUGAUGGUGACUUAAGUUUCGAUCACUUGGAAGAGCUUCCUGCACCGCCGCAAGAUAACAACCAGGUCGCAGCCUGGUACGACACCGAUCUCUGAAUCCGUGCCAUUUUUAA